AUGGCGAUUCUGUACGGGCUGGUGGCGCGUGGGACGACGGUUCUCGCGGAGUUCAGUGCCGUCACGGGAAAUACCGGCGCUGUGGUCCGCCGGAUACUGGAGAAGCUCUUCGAUACUGAACCAGCCGAGUCGAGGCUGUGCUUCUCGCAGGAUCGGUACAUCUUUCACAUCCUCCGGUCAGAUGGACUUACUUUCCUCUGUAUGGCCAACGAUACCUUCGGACGAAGAAUCCCAUUCUCGUACUUGGAGGAUAUUCGAAUGAGAUUUAUGAAGAAUUAUGGGAGAGUUGCUCAUGCUGCACCUGCUUAUGCUAUGAAUGAUGAAUUCUCGAGAGUGUUGCAUCAACAAAUGGAGUUUUUUUCUAGUAAUCCCAGUGCUGAUACACUCAGCCGUGUCCGAGGAGAAGUUAAUGAGGUACGUACAAUAAUGGUGGAUAACAUUGACAAGAUACUUGAGAGAGGUGACAGGAUUGAGCUUCUUGUUGACAAAACAGCAACCAUGCAAGAUAGUGCCUUUCACUUCAGGAAGCAAUCAAAGCGCCUUCGUCGAGCUCUGUGGAUGAAAAAUGCCAAGCUAUUGGUCGUGCUGACGUUAUUGAUUGUGUUACUUCUGUAUUUCAUAAUUGCGGCUGCAUGUGGAGGCAUUACUUUACCAUCUUGUCGAUCAAAAUAG